GUCAAAUUUGACAGUUGUCACGUGACCCGAUGCGCUCCAAGACUACCAACGUCUAAACAAAAAAUGCGCUAUUAGUGUUUUGUUUGUCUUUCCUGCGUUACAUCUUUUCAAAAUAGAAAUUCACGUUUUUGAAUAAUAUUGCUCAAAAUUUUUAAAUUCUAUUGAAUUUAUAUCAUUUUGCUAAAUUUGUGUGUCCCCGUUUGUCCUUUGUGCCAUCACUUCAAGAUUUUAUUUGAACAAUUGAAUUUGUCAAUGUUUUUUAGACACUUUAUUUGAAAUGGUUUGUCAAAAUAUAAAAUCAAUGAGGAAUUAACGGAAUAUGGAAAAUCCGUACAAAAAAAACCUAGAUCAAACUGUUUUCUCAUCAAAAUCAUCGCCAGCGUUCAAUCCAGACUCGCAAACAUGCGAAAGUUUAAAAUUAAAAGAUGUUACCUGCAAGGCCCCCGGCUCAGAGACCAAAUCAGAGCUAUUGGAAAUGAGUCCGACUCCGUACUCAGACCUCGGCAAACGGGCCAGGGACCUGUUCAGUAAAGGCUACCACUUCGGCCUGAUCAAAUUGGACUGCAGAACGACGACGGCGAGCGGCGUCCAUUUCCACAGCGGCGGCCAGUCGGAGCAGGAGUCGGGCAAGGUGUCUGGCAGCUUCGAAAGCAAAUACACCAUUAAAGAUUACGGUAUUAGUUUUACUGAAAAAUGGACCACCGACAACACUUUGGGCACCGAGGUGACCGUCACCGAUCAGGGCCUCAAAGGUCUCAAAGUCACUGCGGGCGUUAACUUUUCGCCCCAAGAAGGAAUAAAAUCCGGCGUUGCCAAAUUGGCGUAUGCGAACGAGAAAUUCGCAGCCAACGCCGAUGCGGAUUUAAAAGGCGACGGUCAAUUGGUGAAGGCCUCCGCCGUCGUGGGACAUCAGGGAUGGUUGACUGGCUACCAGGGAACAUUCGACGUUCAAAAUACCAAAUUGGCCAAGAGUAAUUUCUCUUUGGGCUUCUCCACUAAAGAUUUCGUCCUUCACACAGAAGUAAACGACGGUCAGCUGUUCAGCGGCGCCAUCUACCAGCAAGUGAACCCGAAAAUGGAGACGGGCGUGAACCUAUCGUGGGCGACGAGCGGCGAGAAGACCGUCUUCGGCUUGGCGUGCAAGUACGACCUCGACCAGGACGCGUCCCUUCGCGCCAAAAUCAACAAUUCCAGCCAAAUCGGGCUGGGCUAUCAGCAGCGCCUGCGCGACGGCGUGACAUUAACCUUGUCUACACUCAUCGACGGCAGGAACUUCAACCAAGGGGGCCACAAGAUCGGUCUAGCUCUGGAGUUGGAGGCUUAAAGUACGUUUAUAACCGCAAUAUUAGCGUCACCUAUCCAUUAUGAACAUGCUAUAUUGUAGAUAAUUGUUUCUGAAGAAAAAAAAUAUGGAGAUUUAGUGUUUACUACGUAUUUAAUUUUCCUGGUCACUUUUUAUUGUACAUACGAAUUUGUAUCGGUACGUCUCGGUUAAAGUAACGGCGAAUUUAUUAUAUGUCUAAUUAGGGGAUUUACCGAUCCGGUUGUAUUAUUUUUAAGUCUGCUUUGAAUUCGAGAAACAUUGUAAAACCAAAUAUACAUAAUUUACAGUU